GUGGUCUACUACAGCAGCAUUACAAUACUAAAAAUUUUUUUACACGCAGAAUCGCUAAUUAAGAAACUAUGUUGCGUGCAAUUUGGCAGAAAUAUAAAGCAAUAGGUCAGUUUUCGAAUCACAAUGUUAGAAUCAGGUUUGAAAUGAAAUUUACUUAAAUAUUAUAUUUUAAAAAAAUUAGUUUGAAAUACGUAAUUUUAAUGUGUAGUUUGGAAAGCCAUCAAUAGAUGGCGCUACGAGUUAAAAUUUAACAUUGUAAUCUUAUUUCUGCAAAAAUUCACGAAGUAAUUGAUUUUGAUAUCAGUUAUAAAUCAUAUUUUUUUCUAAAUAAUAUUUAGAAGCGUUUCAUAUAUUCCUUUAUACACAGUUUUCACUAAACAUUGUCAGCUGUCAGCAGAAUGACGUUUACGGCAACCCUAUUGCAUUGCUAUUCCGCACUCGUUUUGUUUACAUUUAUUUGUACUGUGGUCAGUUUGCAAAAAAUAUGCGAAAAUAUCAAGGACGACCGAAAAAACAUCCUGGUUUUAAUAAAAGAUCCAGAAUUCAGCGUAAACGUCGAGCUCAAGAAAAAAAUAUGAAAUUAAAUUCCCGAGAUGUGGAAGAUUCCGAACAAGCGGAUGUUUUCGAAAGGUCAGAAAUUAUUGAUACAACUGCAUCUGUGUCAAAGGAGAAUCAUUGCCCGGAUGAUUUUUUUACAAAGUCCGGAAGUGAAAAAUUUGACUUUUCUACGCCAGAAGUUACAGCUAAUGUUCCUAAGACAAACCAGGCUUUCCUGAGUUCUGAUCUGGACAUUUCAGUUAUUGACUCUGACGUAGAAGGUAGAAAUACAAGCUCUCUUUUGGGCUUGGAGUCUGAGCCUCUUCAGGAGAACCUUAAUGAUGAAUUUCUGUGUCCUGAUUCACCUUUAAUUAUCGAAAGGGAAGAUCGACGAAAGGCAAAUCCAUUACCAUCUGGCAGAACAAUUUGCAAUAUGUCUUUUGUAAUAGUGCAGGCUAGGACAUUAGAGCAACAUUCCCUAAAUUGUAAAUUUGGAGGAUCAUUUAUUUUUAACAAAGUGAUUCGACGUGGUCUUGUCACUACAUAUAACUAUGUAUGUGAUAAAAUUUUAUGUGGGGAAAUGGCAACAAUUUGUUCUGAUAUGGAGAAAAGCAGCCUAAAUCAGCUUGCAGUAUUAGGUGCGUUAUCUACUGGCAGUGGAUUUUCACAAGAGGAGGAAAAGUUUAGCAUCAUGGAAAUUCCGUAUAUGAGCAACUCGACCUUUGCUUCUUGUGAGCGAACUACUGGCAAAAUAAUACAGGGAUGUGCACAGGAAACUAUGUGUGCUGCUAUAGAAGAGGAGAAAAGGCAGGCAGAACUUCGCAAUGAUAAAGAUAAUGAUGGUUAUCACUGUAUAACUGUCAUUGUUGAUGGAGGUUGGUGUAAAAGAAGCUAUGGGCAUGGUUACAAUGCUUCAAGUGGCAUAUCUGUUAUUAUAGGCAUGGUCACCCAGAAAAUUUUGUUUGUUGGAAUUCGCAACAAAGUGUGCCUUAUAUGCAGUGCUAUUGAAGAUGGCAAGAUGCCAAAUAAAGUGCACCUUUGUUGGCGAAAUUGGAAUGGGCCUUCUACAGGUAUGGAAAGCAGUGCCAUUGUGGAAGGUCUGAAUUAUCUCCAGUGUGUUCACAAAAUACGUUGUACUCGACUUGUUGGAGAUGGAGAUGCUAACACAAUGGCCAAAGUGAAAGAAAGCGUUUCAUAUGGAGGACGGGUGAUCAAAGUAGAAUGUGCUAACCAUGCUGUUCGAAGAUAUCGCAGAGCUCUUGAGAAACUUCAGCAAAAUACUGCGCGCUUCCCCGGGGCUAAAGGAAUUGCUGCCCGUAAAUUGCUGAAAAUUAAAAUGCCACUGUUAGUCAGAGGUGCUAGAGUAGCUAUAAAAGCUCAUGCUUUACCUAGCCAUUAUCAGCACACACAAGAAGCUAUUGAUGCAUUAGUAUCUGACUUGAGAAAUGGGCCACAUCAUAUAUUUGGCAAGCAUGAUGCUUGUAGUGCUUUUUGUGCAAAGAAAGGUGCAGAGUUGGACAGCACAUACAAUGAAAUUUUUUCCUCGGGUAUGUUGCAAGCUAUUGAAGCAGAAGUGGGAAGAGUACUGAUAUCGUGUAGCAGUACUCUUAUUUGGAAUGCCACAAAUAAUCCUGCUGAAAGCUUCAUGAGUCAACUGUGUAAAACAUCUGGUGGAAAAAGAGUUGAUUUUUCCAAAGCUGGUGGCAUGAACAGGCGUGCGAGUAUUGCUGUCAUGGCCUAUCAAAAUCCAGCACAGCAGUGGCAAAAAAAUGCACAAAAAGCUGUAACAGGAAGUAGCCCCAGGACUCCAACUUUGAAAUUCUUAGCUUCCAGAAAUAAGCGCCAUGUAAAACGUCUUGAGAGACGUAGACUUUUUGACACUGAGAAGAAAAAGAGAAAUAUGAGGAAAGCAGGACAUAUUCAGCAAGGUGGGGAUAUUUCUUAUGGUGAUUUUCCUGAGAAACCAGACCUAUCAGAUGAAGCAUAUGAAUUGGCAGCUAAAAAUUUUUUUAUAUCAAUUGAAGUUCCAAAAAAAGAUUCUCUUGAGGCCGUAACACGUGGACAGUCAUCAUCUGAAAGAUGGCGUCAUGAAAGAUCAAGAAGAAUAUCAUCAUCCUUUUUCAAAGAUGUUGCUGAUAGGCGUCCAACAACACUCAGUGCUGCUUUAGUGAAACGUAUCAUAUAUAAUGAUAACGUUUCAACUAAAGCAUUAAAGUAUGGCUUGGCUAACGAAGCAGUAGCCUUAAAUCAAUACAAGGAAAAGCACAUGGGAAAAAACAUCAGACGUUGUGGCCUUUUUAUUGAUCCUAAAUAUCCCUUUCUUUGUACUUCGCCAGAUGGAUUGAUAGACGAAGAUGGAUUACUUGAAAUAAAAUGUCCUUAUACAGCCAGAUUCUCAGCAGACUUGUCAGACUUUUUCAGCAAGCCUAAUUCUGUUGGUCUUCGGAUGGAUGCUGAUAAUAAUCUUUAUUUACCGAAAAGCCACAAAUAUUAUUUUCAAAUUCAAGGGCAGUUAGCCAUAACAGAGAGGAAUUGGUGUGAUUUAUAUAUAUGGUGCAGAGAAGAUGCAAUCACAUUAAGAAUACCCGAAGACAAAACUUUCUGGAUCAGUUUAGUUCCAAAACUCGAAAAAUUUUACGUGAAUUGUAUUCUUCCUGAGCUUGUUGAUCCAAGAGCACCAAGAAAAAUGUCUCUUAGAGAACCGAAGUAUAUUGUUGAUGCUAGAGCACAGAAUGAGAAACAAAAACAGGCCACUGCUUCUGUAAAACAAACACAAGAAAAAAGAGAAAUUGAAAUUUCAGAAGCAGAUAAAAUUAUUUCAUCUCCUAGAAAGAAUGCAGGAGAGAAAAGAAUCAGGAAACCAAAAAUUAUUUUUGAUUUGUAAUCAGUAACAAGCCAAGCCAGCACACCGUAACAUUUUCUACGUCUGAAUAAAAACUAUGCCUGCAACAAAGCAUUAUGAUUAAAUCCAUACCUAAUUAGAAUAUUACCCCAUUUCUCUAAAAAAAAUAUGUUCAAAAAGUCUCUGCUUUCAGUAAUAGAUACGUCUGAUCAAUUCUGCCAUAAUUCUGUAAUCAAUACUUGAAGCUAGAAUCUCCUGUGCUGCACUGCCAUUGCAUCUCUUUUCUGAAUGUUUCAUCAUCCACUUCUCAUUCUAAAUAUUCCUGUGUGCUUUCAUUUAUAGCUGCUAACUUGUUGUGAACAUUUUCUGCACCACAUGUUAUAUUUUGCAGUGUAAAUAAUGCGUGCAAUCAUAUAUUUUGGUUUUAAUCAUCAGUAACUUUGGUAAAACUACAUUUAUGCAAAGAAGACUUCCAUAAAGUCACAGUUUCUGUGAAAAAGAAAAUAAGUUUGAUGACCUCUGUCAUAAUUCAAUAAAUAAUUUUUUAAAAUAGCAUCACCUGUGCUGCACUAACAUUGGAAAAAAUUAAAGUCAUCUCUUUUCUGAAUGUUUCCUCAUGCACUUCUGUUUCUAAGUAUUCUUGUGUGCUUUGAUCCAUAGCUGAUAACUUGUUGAGAAUAUUUUCUGCACAACAUGUUACACCUCUGAACUUAAAUACUUGCGGUAAAGAAGUAUUUUGGUUUGAAUCAUGUGUAACUCCAAUAUAAGUCCAUUUCUCCAAGGAAAACCUCCACAAAGUCACUGCUCCUGAUUCAGCUGGAAGGACAUCCAUACAAUGAUAUUUGAGAAGAAGACAUACAAAAUUGAGUAUUGUGGAAAGAUGAUUGCUUAUAUCUUGAACGUGGAUGAUCCACUUGUCUACAAAACUCAUAACCAUUCUAAAAAAUAAGGACAUCAAAUUUCAGUGCAUCCUGCUCUCACAAGAGAGAAAGGUGAUCAUUAGAAGCCUUCCCAGCUCCACAUGUUAAUGCUGCCUCAUGUUGCAUAAUAUAAUAAUACACACACUGGCCAAUCAAUAAGAAACCUUUCAGAUUUUCAUCUGAAUGCAUGCUAGGGAUGAAAUAUCCAAAUUUUUUCUAUGAUGUGGAUUAUACUUGGUUAAAAUGCCAGUAUAAGUAAGGUGUAAGAGUGCUUUUCAUGAUGAAUGAAGUAAAAUGGGGAAAAAAGGCGGCAGAUCGUUCACCAUUUGAAAAAGGGGCUUAUUGUUGGUGCACAUUUAGUGGGGGCAUCGAUUUCGAAUCCUUCUCUAAAAAAUGUAACUGCAGUUCGAGCAUAGUUUUCAAAGACAGUGAUCGGCGGUAUCUCCGAUGAAUUGUACGGCAGAACACGGAUUCAACUAUCACAAAUCGUCAACCAAGGCUCUUCCCAACAAAUUUCAGCUAGAACUAUGCGCAGCGAAUUGCAGAGGGAUAGGAAUGCAUAGUUUUGGUGCCUGUAAGAAAAUCACUCAGUUCUGCCGACAUGCAAGACUUCAUUUUCAGUGGUGUCGAGAAAAGACACUGGACAUCUGAGGAUUGGAAAUGGGUAAUGUGGUGGGAUAUUACAUUAUGUAUUACAUAUUAAACAUAAGUUAUGGGUUACCUCAUAACUACAGAAGGUUCCUGUUCGCUGCCAGAAAAGGUUGAAGUAAUCUGCAAUGUAAAUUACCGACAAUACAUGAGCUUUGUUCAUUUAUGGGCAUGAUAAAAUUUUAUCGAUGCUUUUUGAAAAAUGCUGCAGAAACUCAAGGAGUCAUACACGAAAUGUUAAAGGGUGAUAAAAAAAGAUCAUUGUAAAGUUCCAUGCACAGAUGAAGGUGUUUAGUGUAUUUAAUUAUGGCAAAGCACACUAGGGCUAUCUGCCUAAGAGAAGGGAUGCCUUCGUGGAGGACUUUCUAAGGGAAACUGGCUCAUAUACACGUUACACAUGGGGAAAACCACGAAAACGCCCAUGCAGCCAGUACGUUCGCGGGAUUCGAACCUCGGACCGAACUACCAGUGUUCAGCGAUUUUACCGCUCUGCCGCUGGUAGGCCUGCACAGAUGAAGGAAUUCACCAGUUUGAGAAGUGCAAAUCUGAUUUAGUCAAUGGUGCCCUUUUGUGUUUCCCAAUGGAUUACCCUUUGUGUGCAGAUACAUCAGACUUUCCUAUAGGAUCAGUAUUGCAGCAAUUGGAAGAACAAGAACAAGACUGAAAACCUAUUGUGUUCUACUCUAAAACAUUAAAUAAUGCACAGAAGGUUUAUAGUACCUAUGACAGAGAAUUCUUAGGAAUAUAUCUUUCUGUCAAGCAUUUUAAACAUGUAUCGGAAGGACGCAAAUUCAUCAUACUUACUGAUCACAAGCCACUGUCAUAUGCAUAGAAGCAAAAGAAUGGGAAGGCAUAACCCAGACAACAACACCAACUUCAGUAUAUAUCGGAAUUUUCAACUGAUAUUCAGCAUAUUGAUGCCAAAGAAAAUUUAGUUGCAGUUGAAGUAGUCUCAGUUACUGGCUAUGAAGCAGUAGCAGAUGCUCAAGAAUAUAAUGAAGAAUUGCAACAUUUAAUGACAGGUAGUGCUUCACUGAAAUUUAAAUCAUCUACAUUAGCAUUUUGGAAAACAUUAAGAUGUGACAGCUCAACAACCAGUAUCAGGCCUUUUAUUUCAAAGCAAUUUAGACAACAAAUGUUUCAUCAAAUUCAUAAUUUUGCUCCUCUGGUAUCAGGACAACUGUCAACGAGAUGACUGAAAAAUUUAUCUUUCCAAAUAUAAAGAAAGAAAUUCACGAAUAGACUUAAAGUCCUGUUAAUUGUCAAAGGAGCAAAGUCAACAGGCAUACAAAAUCUAAAAUAGCCGAGUUCCAAGCACCUCAUGCUAGAUUAAGUAUUGUGCAAGUUGACCUGAUUGGGCCAUUACCACCAUCUGCUGGUAGGACGUAUUAUCUGACAUUUAUUGACCAUUUUUCCUGUUAGGGAGAAGUAGUUUCUUUACCAGAUAUCACAAGAGAAAUGGUUGUCAAAGCAUUUUACAAUCAUUGGAUUAGCAGAUUUGUUGUGCCUAGUUCCAUAAUCUCAGAUCAAGGAAGACAGUUUGAGUCGCAGCCUUUCAAGAGCCUUGCAAAAGUAUGUGGUGCUAAAGUUUUACGUUCCACUCCAUACCACCCACAUUGCAGUGGGAAAAUUGAGCAGUUUCUCAGAACUUAAAAAAAUGCAAUAAAGGCUCACAGCAACAUCAGAUGGACAGAAAUCCUUCUAGGAUUCAGAGUUGCAAUAUGUCCUGAUACUAAUCACUCUGUAGCUCAAAUGGUAUAUUUUAUGCAAAUAAGGUUACCAUGUGAGUUUUUCGACUACCUACCACUAAAACUAAACCUGAACCAUUUGUAACAAAUUUACUGUCUUUUAUGGAUCAGCACCAGUUUAUCAACUGCUAACAAACAUAAAAUAUUUAUGCAUAAAGACUUGAGAUCAUGUUCUCAUGUGUUUGUGAGAACUGAUCGUGUGAAAAAGGCACUUGAAUUUGCUUAUUGAGGGACCAUUUUUUUGUGGUGAAAAAAUAUGAUAAAUAUUUCCGAGUCUUAAUUAAGGACAGACAAGUUAACAUUUCAUUGACAGACUGAAACCAGCUUAUUUGUUACUUUCGAACAAAUUACUAGAAACAGUGACUAAAAUAAAAAAAAAAACCAUUUCACAUUUCAUGUACCCAAAAUUCUGAUAUUGUACCUAACGUCAAAUCUAUUAUUCUAGAUGGUAUGAAAAUCAGAAAAUGUGUUGGAUUUAAGGACUAAUGUUUUGUAUAUUUUGCUAUACUUCAUCAUCUUCUAAAUAUUAGUAAAUAUAUAUCUGCAUUAGUGAUAAUCAGCUGUGAGCACAUAGUGCACCAUCUGCAACUCAUUUGGGUAUAAACUAUGCUAGUGAUUAUAAUGUCCUUGCUUUUUCCCAUAUGCCAUAUGUUGCAUGAAAUUUUGUUAUAUGAAUCUAGCUUCCUGUGAGGAAUUUCUGUGAUCUUUCUAGUAUGUAUGGUCAAGAAUUAGGCUUGUGAUAUACUGUCAUGAUUUUGCCCACAUGUUCCCUGAAUAUACUACCAUUUCCUUAGGAAGACUUCCAAGAAGAAUACUGUUGUGAGUUCUAAGCCUAACUAUGGUUUGGAACUGUUUAUAAUGAAUUAUUGGGAUUCUGCACAUGUAAUGUGGAUGCAAUUCUAUUUCCAUUUAGAAGAUUUUCUGCAAAGGCAAUGCUUUAGCUGUGAGAUAAUUCUGUUUUGGAAAUAAAACUGAUAUUUAUUUAGAUUUGUGGUAUUUAUAAGGCAGUUUAUCAAUAGCAGGUAGCAUCUUGCCUCUUUGCUUUGAUCAGGGCCUGUGCAACCAGUGGUAGUCAAAAUUUUAUAAUUUAGCAGAGGGCACUGAGCAGCAAAAUUUAGAGGCAAAAAAAUGUUCAGAACUUACGAAGACAUCAGCCAGCAGAAUUUAGGAUAUGCAGAGAUUGCACUGAGUGGCAAUAGUGCCAUAUGUUACAUUUGCUAUCUGCAUUAUUAAUUUGUGAAACAAUUUCAGCUGCUUGAAAAUGCAUUUUUCUGUUAGAAAUUUGUAUUUCUUGCAAUUUCUUUUUUUUGGGGGGGGGUCGAGAAUAUGGUGUUAAAAAUAUUUUAUCAUUUUCUUU